AUGUUGCAAGAACACUUACACUUGGCUGACUCUCUCUUCUCCUAAAAGAUAAGGAUCAGUCUCAGGCCAGGAACCUGGCAAUCCUAAGAGGCCUGCCUAAGAAAGAGGAAUAUGGUAGACGGCGCCAACAAGCGCGCACGGACGGAGAGCAGGGAAGCCGGAAGGCGGUGCUCUGCUGCUUGGCUUCUCGCGAAAGGGCUGACUGGGGGCUUGGUCUAGCCUGAGGUGAGAUCUGGAGAUGGUGAGAGUGGCGCCUUUGAUCACUGACUGAAAACCGAUGAGCUUUCUCCCCCAUCCACCGCCUUUCAGGAAACUUCGGGUUCUUGAUAUUCCAAACCGGCGUUCAGCGGUUUUUUUUAUUGCAGCUUACUUGGACGAUGCAUUUGUUGUCACUUUCAGCGCAGGCUCUCUGGACCCUCAAACUAAAGACAAAAAUUCUCUUUUAAGAACAUUUUGGCAGGGUUUCCCGGUUGCUGCCGGUGAUUCUAUAUAAAAUGUUCUAUAUGCUAUUUGGGAUCUUAACAAUACUUUGCAGAUUCUGUUUAGCAGAUGGAGAUGAUGUGGCUCAUAUAUUUCCUUCAUUCCCUUUAAUUGAACGUGGUUCAACCUUGAAAGUUUUUUGUAUCCUUGGCAAAACACUCUUUCCUUAUAAAAAUGCAAGUCAUAUCAUCUGGACACUGAAUGAUGAUGUGAUUGCAAAAGAAAACUACCAAAUUAUCAAUGAGUCUGUCUCUGGAGUAGCUAUACAUAAUUUCACUUAUAGAAGAGCUCACAUUAAAUGCUUUGUUGAUUCUCCAGUUGAAAAGCAACGCCUGGCUUACUCUGAAGUUAAAUCAGGAUUUCCGCCACAGAAACCUGGAAAUAUUUCCUGCAUAUUUUAUUACAGGAGCACUCUAAAUUGCAGUUGGACAUCUGAAACACAGAUUGCAACAGAUUAUAUUCUCUUUAGAAAUAAUCUGAAAUCAAACUGCUCAGUGAAAAAUAGUUUAUGUUCAUUAUGUUCAUGUGCAUUACUUCAACAACCAUUCUCUGAUAGAGAGUACUGUGUCCAGGUGAAAGCAGUAAAUCUCUUGGGGGAAGCAAUGUCGGAGUGUGUUCGCCAAAAGUCGCCAGAAAUUUUGAAGCCCGAUUCUCCUCGGAUAAGUGAAAUAAAACCACUUCCAGGGAUGAAACAAAUGCUAAGAGUUGUUUGGGAAAAACCUCGGAACACACCUCAAAGUGAGCUAUUUCCUGUAAAGUGCCAAAUUCGAUACAAAGCCACGAUGGAAGAUGACACAAAAGAUGCCAAUGUUAUCAUGAAAAAACAACAUGAAACAUUUAAUCUCACUGACCUAUCGGAUUUUACAAAUUACAGUGUUGUCAUUCGGUGCACUCUUAAUGAAUCGAGGUUCUGGAGUGAAUGGAGUAGCAAAGUAAUGGGAACAACAGAAGAGCAAGCUCCUUUGAAAGUAGACUUGUGGAGAGUGAUUGAAUUGCAUCAGCCUACUGGAAACCGAACUGUGCACCUUUUGUGGAAGAAACGUAAAGAAUUCCCAUCUUCUGGGAUAAUAAAUGGCUAUAGAAUAAAGUACCUUACAGAAAGCAAUACUUCUUUUGAAUAUACAAUAGACUCUGGUAACAAGACUGUCAGUAGUCUCAAUCUGACAGGAGAAGCCUGUGAGAUUAGUGUUGUUGCUUAUAAUGUCGCUGGAGAUUCUCCUGAAGCCAUUUUGAGAAUUCAAUCGAUAUAUGAAGAAAGCAAGUUUAUGCAGUCAAAACUGGAACAUCCAAGGAUUGUUAGUCUGAAUGAUUCUGCUUUAAAGGAACAAUUGUUUUUGGAAUGGAAAGCUUCAGAUUUAGAAAUAAAUGAAUACAUUAUAGAAUGGUAUGAUGAGUUGGAGACAGAUCCAUACAAGAGGUCAUGGCAAAAUAUAAGAAAGGCCACAAAUUGGACAUCUCCAAAAGGAGCCUUCAAAAACUUUACAUGUUAUAAAAUUUCAGUGUAUCCCUUGCAUAAAGGUGAAAUAGAAGCCCCGAGUUCCAUCAGAACUUACUUUCAUGAAGGAAGCCCAUUGCAAGGUCCUGCUGCUGAUAUAGAAAAUGUUGAUAAAAAUGAAGCUACCAUAAAGUGGAAGGAAAUUGCAAAAGCAGACAGACGGGGUGAUAUUAUUAACUACACUGUAUUUUACAAAGCUGAAGGUGGAAAAGAAUUGGGAGAAACUGUGCAUGUUGGUGUUCUACAGCACCGACUAAAGUUCUUGCAAGCUGAUACCAAGUAUACAGCUUAUGUUAUGGCAAGCACCAUUGCUGGAGGAACCAAAGGAACAGAGGUCACUUUCGUCACCCUUAAACUUAGUGUGGUAGAUAUUGUUCUUAUAAAUGUCGUUGUUGGAAUAUUCAUGCUAUGUGUAGCAACUGUUGGGCUAUUGUGGGCUCUGAAAAGACACAAGUUAAAAAGUGUUUGCUGGCCUGAAAUACCACAUCCUGUACUUCCAAGUUGUUCCGACGGAUUUCAGGAGAAAAUAAUGUUGAGAAACUCACCCUCUGAGAAUGAGACACUCGUCAGUGUUUUGAAAGUAGAUGCUUGUGGGAAGGAUCAUGAUGAACUACAGCUGUCAAACCAUGAAAACUGCUUCAAACAGGCCAGUGUUAACACAGAAUAUACGAUGGACAGCCAUGGGAUUUUGUGCAGUGGAGGACACAAAGCUAUAACACCUCUUGUACAAACUGCUUCUUUAGAGCAUGAUUUGAGGAGUCCAACAAUUCCAACUCUAGAAGUGGCUUCGAGAGAUGGUGAAAACAAGGAAGUUCAAGAUCAGUCAGAUUUGAAGGAGAAAACUGAUUUCAAUCCAUAUUUGAAAAAUUCAGUCCGUAGAAGAGAAUUCUUACCUUGUGUGAACUCAGACCAAAAUACAAAGGGAACUAAAGCCCAACCUGUUUCUGUGACAGGGCAGCCAUAUGUGGCAUUGGACACAUUUCAAUUGUUCUCAAAGCGUUAAUAUAUAUAUGUCCCUGUUCAGAGUAAUUUAAGUUUAACGAUGACCACUUAAUGUGACAAGAGAAUUCAACUGCCGACAAGAAUUUGAUGGCUGUUCUUCUACGGUCCACUGGCAGCAAAAACAAGUUGUAUAACGCACAUCAAGGUGCUGUAUCUCUUUCCCUUUCUACACAAAGACAGACCUAUCAGAGAUGGAACGAGUGCUGAUCAGCUAUGGCUAUCAGAACGUGGAAAAGAGUGGACUGGGAAAUUCUGCAUGUUCCAACUGAUAACCAGUAUCUUACUCCUUUUUAGAGUUUUCCCUAACAUUCUGCCAUUUGUUUACUGAUGCCAAGGGAUUGAAAACACAUUUUUUUAAAAAUGGCCAAUACUAUCAAAGUGUUCCAGAAUACCAGAGCACCUUAUCCUCUAAUUAUUUUAGCCCUCAUAUAAUCGUAUAUCCAGUCUUCUGAGCACGUUAGCAUAGCAUAGACAGAGGGGAAAAUGAAAACAUGGAAUUGAAAAGUUGUAAAGGAAAUGACAACAUAUAUGGGGUUGUGUAAGUCAUAGGCAGAAUAGGCACAUAGAAUAGACCUAAGUUUUAAUGGGUCUCCUCUGUAAGUAUGGUUUAAAAUAAGAAUGUUACACAACAAAAAAUAAAACUUACCAAAAAAAGGCAAAAUUCUUGAGGCAAAAAGCCUUUUUGAAUGCCUGCUGUAUCUAGACAGAUAUCCCAAAGUUUACAUGGUACAUUCUAUGGUUUCAAGCCAUUUCACAAUGGAGUCAUGUUACUUGGUUUGCUUACAGGUAGCCAUUGACAAACGUGUUAGAAUAAGCAAACUUGCAUGUUCCCUUUAAGGGAUAUUUGGGAAAUAUCCCAUGUACCUGUUUACCAGUGAUGCAACUUUCUAAAGGAUGGGGUUACUUGGGUUUCUCUUCCUCCUCCUUUGGCUGGGAUUUUUGGAUAUUCUCCAUUAAGCUUGAGGAGAGAGAAGCAUGCACAUGCUUCUCUUCCAAGAUGACCAUUACCAAACACUAAUGGACACAUUCUUUAUCUUUUACUUAAGAAGAUUGUGCCUGUAAUUAUUUGUGUCUGAGGGAAAGGGUGGACUGGUUGAUCCUCAUCCCGCUGCUUGCAUUUAUAUCUCUGCUAAGAAAUAGGACCACAAAAUUAUUCCUAUUUCACACAUAUUUUUAAAAUACCAAACAAAAAAAACCUGACUCCUUGAGCACCCUGCUCCCCUUUUAGAUCUGCUGUUUGAAUCUCCUGCAUCAGCUCACUUUGAAGGUUUGUCAAGACUGGCAGGGAAGGUGUCUUAUUCGAAGAAUUGGAAAACUAGCCAAAUGAUGGUUUUCAAACCUCCCUGUAGGUAAAGGAAACAUCAGAGUAAAAUAAUGUUCAGCUUAUUGGCCCACUUUCAGGUACUCGGAAGUAUUGGUUGCUGAGUUGCCAGCUGGAUGUAUUUAGGGCACACAACCACCUUUUACUUAUCAUCUACAGUGCCAUUGAGCUAGGUGAUUUAGGUGCCUUUUGUAGAAUACAGUCCUUUGCCAGUAUGCAUAUAUGGUAGAAGUUUUGUCCUUGCCCCAAAUCUGCUUAUUCAGACAUUUAUUAAUUGUAGCUUGGCAGGCUGUGCACACUGGACCUGCUCCUAACAUUCCUGCUGUGAGCAGGAAGGACCGAAAGGGGGAUUAUAAGCACAUUCAGCUGUGCAGUCAGGGUUCCUGAUCAUGGGGCAAACAGACCACAUUCAGCCUAACAUGCUUUUUUCAGCUCAAUGAGUGGAACUGGCAUGCACAGUCUCUACACAGGUACAAUUAAUGAAUGCCUGAACAGAAUUUCAGUGGCUCCAGUCUUCAUAUGCCCUAUGAAAAUAAAAAUGAUAUACACUACAUAUUUGUUGUGAGGAUAAACAUGGUAAAGCACAUUUUGUAUAUUACACUAUGCAACUUGCUCAUAUACUCAGCUGUAAUUGCUACAAGAGCCAACUGAUAUAUACAAACGAGAUCAGCCAUUUGCAAAAUUAAACUAGGUAUCAAAGUGUAAAACUUAAUAUAUCAUCCUAAUCUGAGUUGUUGGAAAGAAAUCUGUUAUUAAAACAGUAAAUAAUCUGCCAAAUUCUAAA